AUGUCUUAUAAAAAUAAAGAUAAAAAGGUUCUUGAUAGACGUUCAAUGCAUAAUCUAAAUUUGGAUGGAAUAAAAAAAGUCAAACAAAAUACUGCUUCUUUAAAGGAUCAAAAUAAAGGUAAUAUACAGAUUGCUAUUAAGCGACAUUGUACUUCUCAGCAAAAUUCUUCUAAUCAAGAAAUCGUUAGUCGAAAUACUACCACUAUAAGCAAUCGUCUUAUCUGUUCAGAUAUUUCAGAAGAUGAUUUUAGAAGUAAUCGACCAAAUACUCAAUCAAAUACUUUAGAGUUCAAGAAGAUAUUGGCCAAAAUACUUUCUCUUUAUUCUUGA